GAUAACUGUAAACUGGACAUAGCCAACAGACCACUGACUGUUCAGUGUUCAGUAGUUACUAGUCAGUACUCAGUAGUCAGUACUCGCUGGCUAGUCUGAACUCUGCAGUAGUUACCUAAUCAACAGACAUUCAAUUAAAACAAUGCCUUUGGCGAACAUAACUCGCGUUGAGAAGUUUAGCUCCUGUCACCGGCUCCACAGCAACAAUUUAAGUGAUGAAGAAAAUAUAAAAAUUUUUGGUAAAUGUAACAAUAAAAAUGGUCACGGACAUAAUUAUAAAGUUGAAGUUACAGUUAAAGGUCUAAUCGAUGAGAACACUGGCAUGGUUAUGAACGUGUCUGACCUAAAAAAGUAUAUUAACAUUGCUGUAAUGGAGCCAUUGGAUCAUAAGAAUCUGGAUAUGGAUGUACCUUACUUUAAACAUCAUGUCAGUACAACUGAAAAUGUAGCAAUUUUUAUAUGGCAAAGUUUGAAAGAUGUUAUGCAUAAUCCUAAUUUGUUGUAUAAAGUUAAAUUAUUUGAAACUGAUAAGAAUAUUGUUGUUUAUAAAGGUGAAUAAUUUAUUAUUAUUGAGUAAAUACUUACCUGUUGGCUGUUGUAAUAACAAUUGUAUUUUUAUAAAAUAUAUGUUUUUGUAGUUUAAUAAGGAAAA